CUGAACAAACUCAAGCUAAGUCCCCAUUGGGUUUUCUAUCUGCUCAGAGUGACAUGGGAAAAUCACUUGGAUCAUUAUUUUCACCUGCAAUUCCAUCUGUAGCUUCAUCAGCACCUCAAACAGAGGGCGCCAGCGGUCUAUUUUCAGGAUUAAAAUCCUUUUCUGGAAGCUUCUUUCAAGAAGAAAAAAGCGUUGCAGGGAAAGGAGAGCCAACGUCAUCAUUGUUUGGGGCAAAACUAAGUUUUCCUUGGCAGGCAGAGCCACCCAAGUCUCAAGCUUCCCAAGUUAUAACAUCUCAACCCCAGUCUGUCAGCAAGCCAGCAAGUGGUCAAACAAAUAGUGCACAAAAGGCUUCACCAGCUGAUCCCCAUAAAACCGAACUGGUAGGUUCUGCAGACGACAUAGAAACCCCCCAGAUUUGCAUCUCCACUCCUGAUGUAGAUCCUCCAGCAUCCCAGACCCUAACGGAGAAGGAAAGGCUUGUAGAAACAGACCCCUCUGCAGGUUCUGCCGCAGGAGUGCAGCUGGACAACCAGUCCAAGAAGGAUCUAUUGAUUGAGAAAAGUCCAGUGGAAAGUAAUCGUUUCGGUCAUCGGGGAACCUGAGCCAGGCCAGCUCCCAGCUGAGUGAGACCGGCCAUGAAAGCACCGGAGGGUCCGAGCUGGAAGAGUCGUUCCACUCCUACCACAGCACCGGCUUACACCGCUCCGCUAACGGCCAGCCUCGCCCCGCCGCGCAUCCUCCCACCAACGGGCACUCGGCCGGCAGCGAGAAGGACGGAGAUGCGGAGUCUCCUGAAUCAAUCCGGGCUUUAAAGAGUGAAGCGUCCGAAAAAGAAGCGUCUAAACUCCAGAGGUUCCAGGAUGGAGGCCCGCAGCUGCCCUUCUCCCCGUCUAGAGUUCGCUGGUUGAAAGCCAUCAACAGAGUGAGGGUUCAGCUUCGGGAGGUCAGAGAUGUGGAACCCAGUACUAGACAUGCCUGGGUUAAACCAGGCGGUGGAUCUGGUCUGUAUGGGAUUGACAGCAUGCCAGACUUACGUAAGAAGAAGCCCAUCGCCUUGGUCAGCGACGUGGCCAUGUCCCUCGUCCAAGCCCGGAAGGCAGGGAUCGCCUCUGCUAUGGCGGCACGGUCGUCAUUCAAGGAUGAGGAGCUGAAAAACCAUGUGUACAAGAAGACCCUGCAGGCGCUCAUCUACCCCAUUUCCUGCACCACGCCGCACAACUUUGAGGUGUGGACGGCCACCACUCCCACUUACUGCUAUGAGUGCGAGGGGCUGCUGUGGGGAAUCGCCCGCCAAGGCAUGCGUUGCUCCGAGUGCGGGGUCAAGUGCCAUGAAAAGUGCCAGGAGCUGCUGAAUGCUGACUGCUUACAGCGUGCGGCCGAGAAAAGCUCCAAGCAUGGAGCAGAAGACCGCACCCAAAACAUCAUCAUGGCCAUGAAAGACAGGAUGAAGAUCAGAGAAAGGAACAAACCCGAGAUCUUUGAGCUGAUCAGAGAAGUGUUCGUUGUCACUAAAGCCAUUCAUGCCCAGCAAAUGAAGACCAUCAAGCAGAGCGUGCUGGACGGCACCUCAAAGUGGUCGGCCAAGAUCACCAUCACGGUGGUUUGUGCUCAGGGACUUCAGGCGAAAGACAAGACGGGUUCCAGCGAUCCGUACGUGACGGUGCAGGUGGGCAAGACCAAGAAGAGAACCAAGACCAUUUAUGGAAACCUCAACCCAGUCUGGGAGGAAAAGUUUCACUUCGAGUGCCACAAUUCUUCCGACCGCAUCAAAGUGCGCGUUUGGGACGAAGACGAUGACAUCAAGUCCAGAGUGAAGCAGCGUCUGAAGCGGGAGUCCGAUGAUUUCUUGGGUCAGAGUAUCAUCGAAGUCCGAACGCUGAGCGGAGAAAUGGACGUCUGGUACAACCUGGAGAAGAGGACGGACAAGUCGGCCGUGUCGGGCGCCAUUCGCCUCCAAAUCAACGUGGAGAUCAAAGGAGAGGAGAAAGUGGCUCCGUAUCAUGUGCAGUACACCUGUCUGCAUGAGAACCUGUUCCACUUUUCCACCGACGUGCUCGGUCAGGGUGUGGUCAGGAUCCCCGAGGCUCGUGGAGACGAGUCGUGGAAGCUCUACUUUGACGACGUGGCGCAGGAAAUCGUUGACGAGUUCGCCAUGCGCUACGGGAUUGAGUCCAUCUACCAAGCCAUGACACACUUUGCCUGCUUGUCUACUAAAUACAUGUGUCCUGGGGUUCCUGCAGUGAUGAGCAGCCUGCUGGCUAACAUCAACGCAUUCUACGCCCACACAACCGCCUCCACCAACGUGUCCGCCUCUGACCGCUUCGCUGCUUCCAAUUUUGGGAAAGAGCGCUUUGUCAAGCUUCUAGACCAGCUACACAACUCCUUACGGAUUGAUCUCUCUACCUAUAGGAACCACUUUCCUGCCAGCAGCAAGGAUCGCCUGCAAGAUUUGAAAUCGACAGUAGACCUUCUGACCAGCAUCACCUUCUUCAGGAUGAAGGUCCAGGAGUUACAGUCUCCCCCCAGAGCCAGUCAGGUUGUGAGGGACUGCGUUAAAGCCUGUCUCAACUCAACAUAUGACUACAUCUUCAAUAACUGCCAUGAACUCUACAGCAGACAGUACCAGCCUGCAGACGCCAACAAGGAGGAGCUGCCGCUGGAGGAGCAGGGCCCCAGUAUCAAGAACCUGGACUUCUGGCCCAAACUUAUCAUGCUCAUCGUCUCCAUCAUAGAGGAAGACAGGAACUCCUACACACCUGUUCUCAACCAGUUUCCUCAGGAGCUGAAUGUAGGAAAGGUCUCAGCAGAAGUCAUGUGGACUUUGUUCGCUCAAGACAUGAAGUACGCUUUGGAAGAACAUGAGAAACAUCGACUGUGUAAAAGCACAGACUACAUGAACCUGCACUUUAAAGUCAAGUGGCUCUACAAUGAAUACGUCAAGGAGCUCCCAACCUUUAAGGGCGUUGUUCCUGACUACCCAUCUUGGUUUGUGCAGUUUGUUCUUCAAUGGUUGGGUGAAAAUGAAGAUGUUUCCAUGGAAUUCAUGCAUGGAGCUCUGGAGAGAGACAAAAAAGAUGGAUUCCAGCAGACCUCUGAGCAUGCUCUGUUCUCCUGCUCCGUGGUGGACAUCUUCACGCAGCUCAACCAGAGCUUUGAGAUCAUCAAGAAACUGGAAUGCCCCGAUCCCGCCGUCAUGGCUCAGUACAGCCGCCGCUUCUCCAAGACGAUUGCCAAAGUUCUCCUGCAGUACAGUGCCAUCCUGACCAAGAGCUUUCCUUCUUAUAUUGACAAGGAGAAGAUUCCUUGUGUCCUCAUGAAUAACGUGCAGCAGCUGAGAAUCCAGCUGGAGAAAAUGUUUGAAUCGAUGGGUGCCAAACAGCUGAAGGACAGUGCAUUAGCGUGGCAGCUCGAAGGAAGUGAGGAAGAGGAGGAAGCAAGGGAGGAAGGGGAGAAAAUGGAGACUGAAAAGGAUGAGAUGGAUGAACCCUUUGAAAAGCAGGAAAAUGCAUUUGAGGAUUAUAAGAUGGACACGGAGGCCAGCGACCUGCUGAACGACCUGCAGGUGAGGCUCAACAACGUCCUGGACGACCUCAGCAGCACCUUUGGGAACAGCUUCCAGAUCUGCAUCAACGACUGCAUGCGUCAGAUGGCGUCGUUGCUGUACCAGAUCAAAGGGCCGCUCAACGAGAACACCAAGAACCAGGUGGACGCCGACUCGGACAACAUGCUGCGGCCCCUCAUGGACUUCCUCGACACCAAGUUGACUCUGUUUGCCACCGUGUGUGAGAAAACCGUGCUGAAGCGCGUCCUCAAGGAGCUGUGGAGGAUCGUAAUGACCAGCCUGGAGAAGACCAUCGUCCUGCCGCAGGGGAACGACACCUUUGGAGCACAGAUCCUUUCUGCUGCAAAAGAACUGGGACACCUCUCCAAGCUCAAGGAUCACAUGGCAGGCGACGCUAAAAGCCUGACGCCCAGGCAGUGUGCCGUCAUGGACGUGGCUCUGGACACCAUCAAGCAAUACUUCCAUGCAGGCGGGAACGGCCUGAAGAAGGCCUUCCUGGAGAAGAGCGCUGAGCUGUCGUCUCUCCGCCACGCGCUGUCUCUCUACACCCAGACGACCGACACGCUCAUCAAGACCUUUGUGACCACGCAGCAUUCACAAGUGCACAACGGAAAGGGUAUUAGGUUAACUCCUAAUGAAAAGAUCCAGCCCAGCAGGGGAUCCGGCGUGGACAAACCCAUCGGAGAGGUGUCCCUGCAGAUUGAGCUCUACACUCAUCCCAAGAGCGGAGAGCGGAAAGUUACCCUGAAAGUGAUAGGAGCCAGCGAUCUGAAAUGGCAGACGUCCGGGAUGUUCAGACCCUUUGUGGAAGUCACCCUGAUCGGACCUCACCUCAGCGACAAAAAACGCAAAUUUCAGACCAAAUCCAAGAACAACAGCUGGUCUCCCAAAUACAACGAAACCUUUCACUUCGUUCUGGGGAACCAGGACGGCUUUGAGUGCUACGAGCUGCAAGCCUGCGUCAAAGACUACUGCUUCGGCCGCGCCGACCGGGUGGUGGGCCUGGCCGUGGUGCAGCUGAGGGACAUCAUGGAGAGGGGCAACUGUGCCUGCUGGUGCCCCCUGGGCCAGCGCAUCUACAUGGACGACACGGGCCUCACGGCCAUGCGCAUCCUCUCGCAGCGCUCCAACGACGACGUGGCCAAGGAGUUCGUUCGGCUCAAGUCGGAGACUCGGUCGGCAGAGGAGGGAAGCUGAGGAUGCGGGGACUCCGUUGACGUUUUGCGCCGGCUGCUGUGGAGAACCUCACCAGCUUCCAUCCUUCUCAACCCACGUCCUCAUCCGCCGACGGGACAUCUAGAACCCGAGCGGGACGGACGGCCCCUGUUCCUGCCCAAAGGGCCAAUCAGGACCCCGAGUGUUGUCGUGCAAUAACCCCGCCCCCCCCUGGAAGUCUGGACAGGCGGCCGACGCCUUCCACUCGGCAAGCUGUGAAUGUGUGUCCGUCUGCAGCGUUCCCGUUUCUGUACCUCCACUGUUUUUAGGAAACUCCUGUUUUUAAUACCGUCGUCGCUCUUUUAUUUUAGCAGCUUUUAUCGUCUAACACUCUGAGAAAGCAACCGUGUGCCUUGCAGAGACGGUUUUA